AUGAAAACAAAAACAACAAGGAGACGAGUCACAGGUGUGUCUGGACUUGUCCCAAAGCGGCUUAGGGGCUUCCAUCAACUGAAGGUCCGCCCGCCUCCGUAUCUCAAGUCUUCAACCUCAACUCUCUGUAUUAGCCGAUUUGCGACCACCUUUCUCCAACAAACUACCUAUCCCGCCCAUUCUCCAACACUCCUUACCUAUCAACAAACCGUCAACAUGAAGCCCGUCGUCUCUGCCUUGAACGCCUGGUCUUGUGUUAUUAUCUCCGUUUUCGCAAUCAUCAUCCUCUCAGUCCUCGGCUCGCUAUACAGCAGCAACAACCACGCAUACACUGGAUCAAAAGACGAACCCGAAGAUGGCCCCGCAGUCGCCGCCUCUAUUUACACCGCUGUGAUCGUCUAUGCUGGUUUCUUCGUUUUCUGCGGUUUCCAGGCUUACCUUCACAUGCGAGACAGUAGGGGAGGUGCUAUAUCACUGCAUUGAAAUUGCUUUGGUCCCUUUUUCCUUCGAUGUCUUCAUGACACCUUCAUCUGUCGAUUUUCAAUCUUGGAGCUUAUAUCUCGGGCUUUCUUGAGUACAACACGGUGGUUUAAAUUUGAUGCUUUGGGAGUGAUUCGAGACUGAGAUAAUAUUUUCGAUUCUUUAGAGUAUGAAUCACCCAUUUCUACUCUGUGCGACCUGGAUUCAUCUAUGUUAUAGAUGAGUAGGGUCGGACUAAACUUGAAAGGCGUUGGCGGGCAGGUUUCCCGGUCUCCUUUGCUAGAAUACACAGAUGGCCGACCUGCGACUUGUACAUAGAGCACUCAUGAUUAUUUCCAGUUCUUUGAUAUCUCAU